AUGAUCGCUAACGGACUUCUUCUCGUGUGCUGUGUGGCCAUUUCACAGGCCUUCAUGGUGGUGCCAGUGCCAAAGAAGAUUAUCCCAGUUGUGAAGAAAGUCCCAGUCAAGAUCCCAGUGAAACAGCCAGUCUUCAUUCACAGGCAGUUCCCAGUGAAAGUACCAGUCUACAUCGAGAGACAGAUCAAGGUCCCAGUCUACAUUGAACGUGAAAUGCAAGUUCCAUACCCCGUCCCCGCUGUCGGUGGUUAUCACGGUGGUGUUGGCGGCGGUGUUGGUGGUGGUGUCGGUGGUGGUAUCGGCGGUGGUAUCGGCGGUGGUGUCGGUGGUGGUGCCGGCGGAAUCAACGUUGGCGUUCUUUCCCAGAUCAGCGACGCUGACAGCGUUAACCUGAACGUCAACACCGGAGUUGGCGUUGGCAGCCGUGGAUUCGGCAACAACGGAUUUGAUAACAACAACGGAUUUGACAACAACAACGGAUUUGACAACAACAACAACGGAUUCAACAACAACGGUUUCAACAACAACAGAUUCAACAGACCAAUCGUGAAGAAAGUCCCAAUCAAGAUCCCAGUGAAAGUUCCAAUUUACAUCGAGAAGAAGGUCAAUGUCCCAGUCUACAUUGAACGUGAGGUACAUGUCCCAUACCCCGUUCACGUUGGCGGCGGCGGCGGUGGUGGCGUAUCCAUUGACUUGCAGACCCAAAUUGCUGACGCAGACCAUGUGGUCAUAGAUGGAAGCAGAUUAGGAAACAAUAACAAUAACAACAAUAAUGGUUUCGGAUUCAACAACAACAACAACAAUGGAUUUGGUUUUAAUAACAACAAUGGCAUCGGAUUUGACAACAAUGGAUUCAACAACAAUGGAUUCAACAACAAUGGAUUCGAGAAUCGGUUUAACAACAACAAUAACGGAUUGGGAUUCGACAAUAAUGGUUUCUUCGGCGGCAACGGAUUCAACAACAACGGAUUCAACAACAACAACGGAUUCAACAACAACAACAGAUUCGACAACAAUAACAGAUUCAACAACAACAACAACAGAUUCGACAACAAUAGAUUCAACUUCCGUUAA